AGCAUGGAUCUCGUGGUAUCAAGAUAUGAUGAAUCCGCAUAUUCGGUUGCUAGCUACAUUGGCCCAAUACUGAACAUGACACCUCUCUCCGGGCUCACAACACGCGUCAUCAUCUACAGCACCGGUCAAGAUGAACCGGAAGACCUCCGCGACGACUUACGACAUCACUUACCCUUCAACGUCGAUGUCAUCGUCAGACAGCGUCCCAAUGUCGGUCGAGAAGGUGCUGCCUUUUUGCACCACAUCACGACAGGGUGGCAGGACCCCGCUGACCAUACUCUUUUCAUGCAAGCUGAGUUACACUACUCAUGGAGCGUUCGGCGGAGGAUACAAGACUACCUUGUUCCCAACACUGGCUUUCUUUCCCUGUCGGAUGAUCAAUGUUGGGACCAUUCCACCUGGUCAGAGAGUCCGGACGUUCUGAAGAGCAUCUACUCACGAGCGAAUCCAACACUACGUCAAGGAUACACAUUGACGUACCGAGGCCAAUUCAUCGCGUCACGCCAUCGUAUCCACACUCAAGACAAACAACUCUUCCAAGACCUGCUGGAUGAGUUUGUCAACCCCCGCAGCGUGGCACACAGCUCUGGUUAUGCCGAGCAUCCUUGGCUUCCUGGGAAGUCGGACAGUAUGAACCGACCGUUGUUUGGAUAUACCAUCGAACGCCUUUGGGGUGUUCUUAUGCAAUGUUCUGAUGUACAGCUGGCGUAUAGAUGCCCAAGUCUUUUGUCAUCUGCGAUUGGAUCAGUCUUGCAUACCAGCACUCCGAUCUUGCAAGACUGUCAAUGUCUUGAUCUCGAU